UGAUCGAAUUAAUUAUUAUUAUCAGCUUGAGUUGGUAUUGCCAGCUGUCAACAAAAACAAGUCCACCCUAACCUCACUUAUUCCCCUUCUGUUUUUGCGUUCUAUGAGUGUUUUCGAGUGUUUGGUGCCUCAAAAUGGCAUCGCCGAUGUUUUCUUCAAGCUCCAAGAAGCACAAAAAGCACAAAUCCGAGCGCAAGGAGCGCCCCGACACCUACACGGAGAAGCCCCCCGGUUUGAAACUCAUCCUGAAAGUGGGCAACCAGGCGACUCCUGAACACACCACCGAUUAUUACAAUUUGAGUUCGUACAGUAUUCACGCUGGUGACGAUCAAAUCGUCGACCAGAACGACCAGUGCCUGGCCUUGGGGCGCAGCCACCACAAAAAAAGCAAAAAGAAGAAGAAGAAAAAAGACAAGAGUAAAGACAAGGACCGGAAACACCGCCACCACCACAAAGAGAAGAAACGGAAACGCGAAGAAGUGGAUUAUGACGAGGAAAAUCGUGAUUUUUCAGUAGGUAGUCCGAGUUUGCAUCGGGAGCCACGGACCUGUGUCUUGAGGCAGAGGCAAGAGAGGACGCCCGUUCAAAGGAUGCUAGACCAGUUGUUGGGGCUCCUGGAGAAAAAGGAUCCUCAGCAGUUUUUUGCAUGGCCUGUAACUGAUAAUAUCGCACCUGGUUAUUCUUCGAUUAUUACACAACCGAUGGAUUUUAGCACCAUGAGGCAAAAAAUCGAGGAUAAUCAAUACGAUAAUUUACAAGAUUUUAACGCCGAUUUUAAGCUGAUGUGUACCAACGCAAUGAAGUACAACCACGUCGAUACGAUUUAUUACAAAGCUAGUAAAAAAUUGUUACACGCUGGCUCGAAGAUGAUGCAGCCCGAAAAGUUGGGUUGGAUUUUGAAUCUAAUUCCAGAACUGACCAGUGAGGACAUGGGUUUUGAGAUAACGCCUGAGUUGAGGCAGAAUAAAGGGGGGCAUGAGGACCAUUACGACAGUGACCAUGUGGUUGAGGGUAAAAAGCGAAUGCCAACGUCGAAAUUUGAGGCCAUUCAGGACGACCUCACUCCAGAGGAGAUCCUCAACAAAUCGCAAAUCGCAGCCAGGGAGGCGAGGGUUAAAUUGAUUGCGCGUCGUGGUGCCCCCACAAUGGGGUUCCUCAAGCAGCGCAAGGACGGCACCACCAAUCUCAAUAUACUCGUGGGGGGCGAAGGUGUAAUCCCUGGAACAAAAAAACGCCCAGUUCUUUUGGGUCAACUUUGCGGGAAAUUAACCGAUGGAACUGGUCAAAUUCAGGGUUUCCGUGAAGACAGACGUAAUGUCACCAAACCGGUGAAACCCUUGUAUUAUGGGGCUUUCGGUUCGUACGCCCCCAGUUAUGACUCAGCUUUUGCCAACUUGAGUAAAGAAGAAAGCGAUCUUGUUUACCAAACUUAUGGGUCCGAUACGGCCGUUCAGUACGCUGAAAGUGUGUUAGAUUUUGUCAAAGACAGUGAUUACGCCACCCAUUUGGUCGACAGUUUGCUUGAUUUACUGACAGGGGGCGACCACAGUAAAACCAGACGGGUUUUGGACGAGAAUAAAAAAUUACGAGAGGAGGAAGAAGCGGUUAAAACGAUGCUUGAAAUGAAACCGAUUGAUGCGAUUAAAGUGGACGUUGACGAAUUGAGGAGUCUCCAAGACUUGGGGAUUGACAUCAACUUCUUGGACAAUAUGGAAGAAGAGAUUAAAAUUUCGGAAGAGCGACACGAAUUGCAACAGAAACUUGACUCAAUGUGUCAGUUGUUGCAAAAGUUGCAGCAGACGCAACAUCAGAGAUUGUCGCAGCCUCCGCCCGUUCAUUUGAGUCAGUGUGUGCCCCCUUCAGAUGAGGAAAUGCAAGUGGCGGAAAAUAUCACCGAAAAUCUGACCGAAAUCGCCAAGAGGGUCAAUCCGGGGGAGGUUGUGCCGGUCGGAGGGGUGAGGAAAGCCCUAGGGGUGGCGCUACCCGAUGUUGAAGUCAGUACAGAAGUGGGGGAUUUGGAGUCCGAAUUGAGGCAGUUUUUGGAGAGUGAGCCGGCCCUGACUCAGAGUCCGUUAAGGGAUGAUAAAACGAUAGAGGAGAUUUUAAUGGAAUAGGUUUUGUGUGGAUAAUAAAUGGUCUAUGCCUGAAAA